UGAGCAGCACGCACCGCGGCACACACACACUCCAGCCACGCCGAGCAAAACACGUUUGCAAACAUGCCGAGGUCUUUUCUCGUGGAUUCCUUAAUUUUAAGGGAGUCCAGCGACAAGGGGAGCGAGAAUAACCCACCUUUAUUCCCGUACGCCGUGCACUCGCCGCACCACCCGCACGGGCUGGCGGGCUCCUGCCACUCCAGGAAAGCGGGGCUGCUGUGCUUCUGCCCGCUGUGCAUGGCGGCUUCUCAGCUCCAUCCAUCCCCACCGACGCUGCCGCUCCUCAAAGCAUCGUUUCCUCCCUUCAGCUCACAGUACUGCCACUCGGCUCUGUCCAGGCAGCACUCCUCAUCCAACCUCAGCCACGCACCGGGGAUCUACCAGGCUGCGUACUCGGUCCCGGACCCGCGGCAGUUCCAUUGCAUCUCAAUUGAAAAUGCCAACGGGAAACUUCAGAGCAGCAAGCGCAUGCGUACCGCCUUCACCAGCACGCAACUUUUGGAGCUGGAGCGAGAGUUCACCUCCAACAUGUACCUCUCCCGACUGAGGCGCAUCGAGAUCGCCACGUACUUGAACUUAUCUGAGAAACAAGUGAAGAUUUGGUUCCAGAACCGCAGAGUUAAACACAAAAAGGAGGGAAAGAGCAGCGGCCAAAGGACUGGAUCACAUAACUGCAAAUGCUCGUCCCUGUCCGCCGCCAGAUGCUCGGAGGAAGAGGAUGAUGAAAUGCCCAUAUCUCCAUCCUCGUCUGAAAAGGAGGAUGUGGACCUGUCUGUCUCCCCUUGAACUCCCCCUGAGUUUCCCUUUUGAAAACUGUUGCUCCUAAUAACUUUGAAUACAGCCAAAAGAAAGAAAAGACUGUUCCAUUUAUGUUCGGUCGUUUGUAUAUAGACAGAUAAUAUUUAAUCAGGGGGAAUGCCCUGUAUGAUUGUAUAGCUGUAUACAUGUUGUACGUUUUGUAUGUAGUUUUUUUCUGAAAACAGUCGGUUGUAGUUGCCAACCCGAUGAACAUGGGAGGCAAAGAUCCGAAAACAACAAUAAUGUUUAUACAUGUUUUGGGGAGGACAAACUGCAUUUGGUAAAUGGUUACGUUGAUUCUAUGUAUGUGGAUGGAACUGUAACUAAUAAUAUGGUAAGCUGGAACGAAAUUCCACCACUAUCACAUAG